GUGGUAUAAUAUACAGAAAAUUAAUCAAAAUUAAUUCUACUCAUUGCAUAUUAUUUUGUGAUUAAAGUUAUUGGAAAUAGAAAUGACCUAUUUUAGUGAAAUUUGUAGAAUUUGUUUAUGCGAUAAUGUACGCAUGUAUGUACUAAAGAAGACUGGUCUUGAAAAUUUGUACAAAACAUUGACGAAUAGUUUUGUGGAUGUGGAUGAGGAGGUCAUAAUUGUCUGUUUCAUCUGUCAUGCAAGACUCAUUUGUUGCAGAACAUUACAACAACAGGCUAUUGAGUCAAAUGCAGUUCUGGAGCUUUUUGCUUGCAGGAGGGUCUAUGUCAAUACCAAAUCAUCAUGAGGCUAGAGAUAAGAUUCAAUUCACACCAAUUAGUCAUAUAGAUAUCAGGCCAGUAGAGUGUGAUCUAGAUAAUGAUUGUCAGAACGAAAUGUUCAGUCUUGAAUCUGUUAAAGUUGAAGAAGAGAGUUUAGAAAAUGAGAAUUCCAAAUUUGAAGAAAAUGGGAAUCAUGAAAUAGAGAGUGCUGAAAAACAAGAAGAUUUGGAGAUUGAUGCUUUUGAAGAUAGACAUACAGAUUUGGAUGACGACUUGCCGCUAAUUGCAUUUGGUUCAAAGAGUAAAAAAGAUGACGAUGACAUAGAAACUUCUGAGAAGAAGAUUAAAUCAAAUUCUACUGAUUGUAACAUAAACCAUGUUCGUGAAGAAGACCUCGAUUUUGAAGGCCCUACUAUUAAAUCAAACCCUAAAGUAAAAAAAGAUAAUCAAGCAAUUUACAAAAAAGGAAAGCAUCCUGCAAAGAUUAUGAAAACGAAAAUUUUGAAACAAAAGAGUGUAAAUAUGCUUAAGAAAAAAACAUCUGGGAUAUCAACUAAAUACAUUUUUGAAUGUGAUGGUUGUAGUAAAAAAUUUCCAACAAAAGACAUUCUCGCCAAACACAUUUCAUACAGUCAUAAGACGCAAAACAACUCAGACACCACUGCAGUUCGGACACAAGUAGAACUAACUCCAGUACCACAACAAACAAAAAUAUUUAAUUGUGAUAUUUGUGAAUAUAAAACAUCUCAAAAACGUUCCAUUUUGGUACAUCUUAAAGCGCACGUCGCUAAACGAAUGUACUGUUGUAAUAUCUGUGAAUAUAGAUGUAGUAGAAAAGAUAAUUUGCAAAUACAUAUGAAAAUACACACCGGUGAAAAACCUUUUUCGUGUAAUAUCUGUGAACAUAGAUAUAUUACAAAGAGUCGUUUGCAAACACAUAUGAAAAUACAUACCGGUGAAAAACCUUUUUCGUGUAAUGUCUGUGAAUAUAGAUGUAUUACAAAGAAUCGUUUGCAAAGACAUGUGAAAAUACACACCGGUGAAAAACCUUUUUCGUGUAAUAUCUGUGAAUAUAGAUUUAUUACAAAGUGUCGUUUGCAAAGACAUGUGAAAAUACACACCGGUGAAAAACCUUUUUCGUGUAAUAUCUGUGAAUAUAGAUGUAUUAGAAAAAGUCAUUUGCAAACACAUGUGAAAAUACACACCGGUGAAAAACCUUUUUCGUGUAAUAUCUGUAAAUAUAGUUUUAUCGAAAAAUAUAGUUUGCAAAGACAUUUAAAAAUACACUCUGGAGCAAAACCUUUUUCGUGAGCUAUCUGGUAAAAUAUGUACAAUAUUGUGUAAACGUUUUUUAUAUAAAUAUGCGUGUACCAAAUAAAAAUCUAUGUUUUGUGAAUUUGUGAUGUAAUUAUACAGGUUGUCCAGUAAGAGUAGCGGGAGUUUGUUUAUUGAUUCACGGCGUCAAGUGAAGUAGCAGGGGCGCGGGGAGGGCAACGUUGCGCGUCGGUUCGUGGAACUUUAGCUGGCAUUGGAGGUGGGCAAAGUGUAUCAUUUUUGCGAUUGGAACAUUUGCAUCUUGAUCACUGAAAUGUUCCGAAACACUGAUAUGUUUCAUUUGGAUCAUGGACUCAAAAGAUAUAAAAGAAAGAAUGUUCCGAAUACAUUAAGUUGCGUCGCGGGCGUUUAUUACUGACUGAUCCGUGAAAUGUUAUGUGGCAACAAUGCUGAAUAAUAUAAGCGCUUAGAUUAUUUAUUGUGUACCGUAAUAAGAUUGUAUAUAAAAUCGAUCCUCCUUCAUACUUUACAAAAAUGUCACUAUGUCAAUUCAUUAUUUACAAAAAUGUCCAUUUACACAAAACAGCAAUGUCUAUGUACACAGAAUUUACUCGUAAAGUAUCAUAACUCUAAACUUUAUGAUGAAAAGGAAGAAAGUAAAGUCACAAUAAUCACUACGCAAAGAAAUCCUAAACAUAACUCAGUAUGUUUUCGUAAACAGGCGCUAAUGAAUAUAAACAAUUUGACAAGUGACGCAUCAACGUAAAAUGACAACUUGUUAAUGCAAACAUUACAUACAAAAAACGACCGUAUAGUAUUUGACACAUAAGCGCCUUAGUGGUAAUUUUUACGUGCAUGAAUAACGUCAGCGAAAAUCCGUACGAGUUGAGUGAUACACUUCUUAUUUGUUAUCUCUAUCUGACUUGUGUGGAUUAUAAUUAUUUCGCCCGCUCACUCGCCACUCGCGAGUCAAUAGUUAAGUUAAUUACUGUCUCAGUCUGUCUCUCUCGUUCGUGGCUCAGUCGCCUCGCAAGCGACGCGUCGCGCGAAAUGAGCAAAGAGCAAAGUAAUGUUUCACUGUUCCAGAUCCAAAUGAUACAUUUGAAACGUUGUUACUGAACCAAUCUUUUGUGUUACUUCAGUGAUUCGUAUCAGUGAGUCGUUUCCGUAAAGAGAUACACACGCCUAGUUGGCAUGGAGCCGUAUCCCGGAACGCAUCGCGCUUUUUGCGUAUUAUCGCAAUAACGAUUCCAUUGUUACUGCUCAGCGUUUAUAUCGCAGAGAAUAUCGCACACGUACAGCGCCAAGCGACGAUGUCAUACGAAAGUGGAUUAAAAUGUUCGAGAAUACCGGGUCGACUGUUAAAAUUCAAAAUACAGGUCGCCCGCGAAGCGUUUGAGAUGCAGAAACAGUCGAAGAAGUGAGUUUCAGUACGUGAAAAUCCGUCGGUAUCAAUUCGCAAACGAGGACAAGAACUAAACAUCAAAAAAUCUUCACUGCAGGUAGUUUUGAAGAAAGAUUUGCAUCUCACAGCCUACAAAAUCCAGUUAGUCCAAGAACUGAAGGAUUCCGAUUAUGAAAGUCGGUUAAAUUUUGCUACUGAAAUGCUAGAGCGAUUCAACAGCUUUGACAAUAUUCUGUUUAGCGACGAGGCCAAUUUCCACCUUAACGGUCACGUUAAUAAACAGAAUUGUCGCUACUGGUCCAAGCAAAAUCCUAAAACAAAACAUCAACGGCCACUUCAUAGUCCAAAGGUCAUCGUUUGGGCCGCCUUUUCUGGUAGAGGCAUAAUCGGCCCCUUUUUCCACGAAGACAGAUGUGGGCGAGCAGUUACGGUGAAUACAGACCGUUAUUGUGACAUGUUAAGGACGUUUUUGGCGCCCGCAUUACAAGAUUUCCCAGGUUUUAAUUCAAGAACAUGGUUUCAGCAAGAUGGAGCCACAUGCCACACCGCAGGGGCGUCAAUAGAAGCUAUAAAGGAAUUGUUCCCAAACAAAGUUAUCUCGCGUAGGAGUACCAUUAACUGGCCCCCUAGAAGUCCAGAUCUCUAUUAGUCCUCUCGACUAUUUUUUAUGGGGAUACCUUAAGGGUAAGGUAUACGAUGACCACCCAACGAAUCUGAGUCAAUUGAAGGAGAACAUCACGUCAGAGAUGAGGGCAAUCCCAACUUCGCUUUGUCAACGCGUCGUCGCCAAUCUGCGUUCAAGGUUAGAGGAGUGCCAGCAGCGUGGGGGUACACAUUUAGAUAAUGUUAUAUUCGCCAAAUAAAUUUCCAAGAAACUGUUUUUGAAUUAAAAAUAAAGGAUAUAUUUAAUUAAUU